AUGGGGGUCCUACAUGUUAGUGCACCUUUACAGGGAGCUGCACCAGGUAGUGUAUCUGGGAUACACGAGUUUGUCAACAGGGGUGACAUUAUUAUAGGUAUAAUUGUCCAGCAUAAGCUGGGCAAACUAGAGCACUGGCGAAGAGUAUGGGAUGAUAUUGAUAUGAUUUGGGAUUACGGAGAUGGGGUUGUUGAUGCGGGGAUGACAGAGGAGUUCUCGACCUACUUCCUGGCACAUGCAGUGGCACAGAUAUCGGAUCCAACAGAGAUGUUACCUGCUUUUAAUGAUGAGGAGGAUGAGCAACUAGAGAGAGGUUCUUUAAAUGUCUACGACAAUUCUUUCCAUGGUGUUAUUCCAGAGCUCUGCCAGAAGCUUAGCAACCUGCAAGAACUGCGUCUCCAGGGGAAUCAGCUUACUGAGUCAAUACCGACAUCCCUAGGAAAUUGUUCCAAUCUGAAAGAAUUGCAUCUGUGGGGGAAUCAGCUUAGUGGGCCAAUACCACCAUCUCUAGAAAAUUGUUCCAAUAUGAAAGUAUUGAGUUUAGCUGAGAAUCAGCUUAGUGGGCCAAUACCAUCUCUAGCAAAUUGUUCCAAUCUACAACUUAGUGGACCAAUACCAUCUCUUCCAAAUUGUUUCAAUCUAGAAGUAUUGAGUCUAGCUGAGAAUCAGCUUAGUGGGCCAAUACCAUUUCUAGCAAAUUGUUCCAAUCUGCAACAACUCGGUCUGGAUCAGAAUCAGCUUAGUGGGCCAAUACCAACAUCUCUAGGAAAUUGUUCCAGGUUAGAACAAUUGAAUCUGAGUGAGAAUCAGUUUAGAAGACUGCUGAGUCUGUGGGGGAAUCAGCUUAAUGGGCCGAUACUGACAUCUCUAGGAAAUUGUUCCAAAUUGAAAAUUCUUUCCCUCGCUUUCAACAAUCUCACUGGCACUGUGCCUCUCCAAUUGGGUAAGUUGAGCUCACUCCAACGUCUUCGACUAAAUUAUAACUUCCUUACCAGUUCUAGGAAUUUGCCGUUUCUUGCAGCUCUUAUUAAUUGCUCUACCCUGCAAACCUUAUACUUGGGUCAUAAUUACCUCGCUGAAGAUUUGUCCCCUUCCAUUGGCAAGCUGUCUACCAGGCUCUCUAUAUUGUCCUUAGGAUAUAACCUUAUAGGAGGGAGCAUACCUCAAGAAAUUGGCAAUCUCACCAACUUGACAUAUAUUGACUUCACCAGUAACGCAUUGACUGGACCCAUUCCGUCUACACUAGAAAGGCUUAAGAUACUAAAGAGGUUGUAUCUGGACCAAAACAAUUUGCAGGGACCCAUUCCCGGCGAGAUUUGUGCCCUUAAGCAUCUAGGGCUAUUUUUCUGUCAUUUAACCGACUUACUGGACAAAUUCCUUCCACUAUCGGCAACCUUAGUAGGCUAG